AUGUUGUUUAACUACAAACUUUUAGUCAUAAAUGUUAUAAUAUGCAACAUAGCAGCCGUCUUUGGCCACGACCACUUACUUGACGGCAUUUACUGUGGCAAAGAAAACUGCUAUGAAGUCUUGGGAGUAACGAGAGAGGCUACGAAAAAUGAGAUCGGUAAGAGUUACCGACAGCUGGCGAAAAAGUUCCAUCCCGACUUGCACAGAGGCGAUGAUGCAAAAAAAGAAGCGGAAGAAAAAUUCAAAGAAAUUGCCACAGCUUAUGAAAUUUUACGUGAUGAUGAAGCGAGGUCUGACUACGACUACAUGUUGGAUAAUCCACAAGAGUACUAUGCUCACUAUUACAGGUACUAUAGGCGACGAAUGGCCCCUAAGGUGGAUGUACGUAUCGUCCUUGGAGUAACUAUAACAAUCAUCUCCAUUAUACAGUACUAUAGUGCGUGGUCGAAAUAUGAUACAGCUAUUAAAUAUUUUAUGACUGUGCCUAAGUACAGAAAUAGGGCUUUAGAUAUUGCCAAAGCUGAAACAAAAGAGUCACAAGGAAAAGGUAAGAAUAAAAAAAGCAAAGCAGAACAGAAAGAAGAGCAGGAUAGAAUUAUACGGAGAGUAAUAGAAGAAAAUAUGGAUAUAAAAGGAGCUUAUGCCAAACCAGAAAUAAAAGAUAUUUUAUGGAUACAGUUAAUUCUUUUACCUUAUACUGUGUCAUAUUAUAUUUAUUGGUAUGCUAAGUGGUUGUGGAAAUUCACAAUUUUAAAGAAACCUUAUGGCGAGGAAGAAAAACUUUAUUUAAUCAGGAAGUUUAUGCAACUUGGUCAGCAUCAGUUUAAUGCUCUUGAAGAGUCAGAGAAGGAAUCAUUUCUAGACCAAGAAUUAUGGAUUAAAGAAAAGUUUAUUGUAUGGAAGGAAAUUAAAGAUGAAGAAACAAAAAAGGCUUUGGCUGAAAAUAAUAAGUAUAAACAAUAUAGAAGGUAUAUUAAGAGUCAUGGCAUUGGCCGCAUGACAUUUGAUGACUCAUGA